AUGACAGAUAUGGACUCCCCGUUAAAUCCACCAGAAUUCACCAGUGUCAGUGAGGAUCAAGAUGUUGUUGAAGGUGGUCCCAGUAUUACAUUAGAAUGUAUCGCAAUUGGUGAAUCUCCACCAAACAUCACCUGGACCAGAGAGCUUGAUAAUGGCAGUGACAGCAAUGUGCUGUUUACUGGAGAGCAGUUUGUACUUGACAACAACAGAAGUUCUACUGGGAAAUAUCGCUGUACUGCAUUCAAUGGAAUAGGAACUGCACCCAACCGCACCAUUGUUGUGGAUGUUAACUACGUACCAGAGAAUGUCAAGUUAAUGGUAAAUGAUUCAAACAUCUGUGAGGGUGAUAUCAUCAGUAUCACCUGCUCAGCUGAUGGUAAACCUAUUGUUCAUACUUAUCAACUGUUUGAGAAUGAUAUCCAAGUGCCUGAUAGUGACACCGAAGGAGUAUGGCAGAGAACAAUGUCUGAUCAAGGAAACUUCACCUACAGAUGUGUGGCCAACAACACUGUAGGCACAAGUGACAAGAAUGUUAUAGUUACCGUCAAUG